AUGAAGGUGGUGAUUAUCUUUUUUAGUGCCUUGGCCCUGCUCAGUUUAGCAGGUAACACUUCAGCUAAAUUAGUGGGGAGAAAGGCGAGUUGCAAUGAUGCUCUUGUGGGUUGUCCCAGAAUUUAUGACCCCGUGUGUGGGAUGGAUGGAAUUACUUACUCCAGUGAAUGCAACCUGUGCGCUGAAAACAGGGAACGCCGGGUUCCUGUACUCAUUAAAAACUAUGGGCCUUGCUGAAAGUCAAGAUUUUGUUGUUAAGACUACCAUGAUGCUUGGAGAGCCUGUCUGUUGAAUAAACACAUCUGCAUACA